GAAUGCCGUAUCAAGGGUAGAUUUGGGUGUAGAGGGAGUAGCUUUUGGGAAGUCUGGGGCUUAACACAAGAUUUAAGUAGAAAAUUACCUCUGUUUUGGUCGACUGUCCAUUCUGUUUUCCAUUCAUUUUAACUUUUAAUAAUAUAAUUUUAAUAAUAAUAUAAAUUUUAAUAAUAUAAUAAUUAAUAUUAAUUUGCAACUGUAUUGUAAGAGAAUUUUAUUUCCAUCACAAUCACAUUCAGAAAAUGAUGUAGCAAUAUUGGAGAAAUAGGGGUUAAAGUAAAACGUUGAUAAGUGCAGAUAAAUAAGAACAAGAAAAUCCCUCAUGUAACUUCCUAAGACAGAAAUUAUAGGUCAUCCCUUAGUAUCCAUAGUGGGUUGGUUCCAGGACUGUCGCUAGAUCUGGAGACUAAGUAUUUACAAAUAUCGAGUACUAGAGUGUGCCAGCUAUGGUGGUAAAUACUUUUCAGGUAUCAUUUCAUUCCGUCCUUGUAAUGUUCUUCAGAGUGGAUGAUAUUAUUCCAUUUUAUAGGUGAAGAAACUGAAACACUUCAAGAUAAUAACAGCUGAGUUGGCUGCACUGUAAUGUUCAUAUGGUAAUAACUCAGAUAUAGGUUUACUUCUCACUCAUAUUUUAACAGCCCAUAUACAGGUGUCCCAAGUCAAUGGCAGCUCCCUGCCAUGUGGUAGGUUGUUUAGCAUUCCAUGUUCUUUCCAUUAUGUUAAGCUCUGUCCUUCCUUUGGGUUUGGGGUUGAGAUUGGGCUGCUGUGCCCAGGGGAAAGCAUGUAGAACACGCUGUCUUAGAGGCCUCCGUCUCUUCCCUUCACAUUCCAGUGGUGAAAAGUCUAUCACAAUGCCACCAACUGCAAAGGGAACCAGGAGAUGUGAAUCUAUCUAGGUGCCCAGGAGGAAGAGAAUGAAUGUGUAUAGAGUUUCAUGUCUGCCUUAGAUACCUCAGUGCACAGCCAGCUGUGUCUACCUUAGACUUGACUGAAGGUCACAGAGCCAUUCUGCUACAAAAACCAGCUUUCAUACUCUAAACAUCAUGCACUGCCCUUUCUACUGCUGUAGUCCCAUGUUUCUGAAGAGGCAAAGUUUCUUUCCUUUUUUCAAAAAAUUUAUUUAUUUGAAAGGCAGAGCAUCAGAGAGAGUGGGAGAGAAAGAUAUCCUCCCUCUGCUGUUUUACUCCCCAGAAGGCCUCAACAGCCAGGGUUGGGCCAGACUGAAGCCAGGAGCCAGAAACUCCAUCCAGGUCUCCGGUGUGGGUGUAAGGGGCUCAAGCACUUGGGCCAUCAUCUGCCAUCUUUACAGGUGCAUUAACAGGAAACUGGAUUGGAGGUGGAACAGCUGGGACUCAACCAGCAGUCUGAUAUAGAAUGCUGGCAUUGUGAGCAUCGGCUUAACCUGCUGUGCCACAAUGCCGGCUCCAAGGUGAAUUUUCUUAGUUCAAAAUUCUGCUAAAGUAGAUGAUGACAUGUUUCUAAUCAUCGAUUUGGACUUAGGCAGGUUUUUGCUCAUUAUUAAAAGCACAUAGCUGGGGAACCUCCAGGCAGUGGCACCUGUUGUCAAGUGCAGGCUCCUCCCUUUCCCACCCACUUCCCCGGAGCCUCCAUGUGGCUCUUUUCCUGCCCACUGAGAUGGCGCUCACCCCCGCAGAGCAGCAUCUCAGACAUGUCGAAAAAGACGUUUUGAUCCCUGAAGUAAUGAGAGAGGAGGCCAAAGAGAAGUGUUCUGAACAAGUUCAAGAUUUUACCAAAUGUUGCAAGGAAUCUAGAAUCCUUAUGGUAGUAAAAUGUCGGAAGGAAAAUUCUGCAUUGAAAGAAUAUCUUACUGCCUACCAUAGUGAUCCAGCCUUUGGUGAAGGAUGCAGAAUGGAAUACCUGAAGGAAAGGGAAGAAUUCAGAAAAAGCGGAAUUCCUACUAAGAAAAGACUAAAGAAACUUCCCACCAGCACGUAGAAAAUAUUCCAGUGACAUUCAGAGACUGGAAUAUCUGUGAAAGUCAUUUACAAUGUAAAUCGCCUCGCAUAAUGGACUCAGCAUAAAAAUUUUUUAUCCUAAUUAUGAAAAAUAUUACCUAAAAUACAGAUCUUUAUUUCAAAGUUCUGAUUUAUUAAAUGAGAUAGAAGUAAAAAAAACCCUGCAUAGCCACAAGUAGAGAUAAAUUUUCAUGUUAUCUGACUUAUGUAUAGUUUCUUUUCCUUUUUUUUUUUAAGAUUUAUUUAUUUAUUUGAAAGACAGAGUUACACAGAGAAGGAGAGGCAGAGAGAGAGGUCUUCCAUCUGCUGAUUCACUCUCCAAUUGGCUGCAACAACCAGAGCAGAGCCAAUCUGAAGCCAGGGGCUUCUUCUGGGUCCCCCACGCAGGUGCAGGGGCCCAAGGACUUGGGCCAUCUUCUGCUUUCCCAGACCAUAGCAGAGAGCUUGAUCGGAAGUCGAGCAGCCAGGACUUGAACCAUGGAUGCCAGCACUGCAGCGACAGCUUUACCCACUAAGCCACAGCCCCGGCGCCUGUAGAGUUUCACUUCUGCUUCAGUUCACAUGCAGCAGAUAAGUGCCUAAGAAAUGAUUUCUGGGGGGCUGGCGCCAUGGCUCACUUGGUUAAUCCUCCACCUGUGGCAUCGGCAUCCCAUAUGGGUGCCGGGUUCUAGUCCUGGCUGCUCCUCUUCCAGUCCAGCUCUCUGCUGUGGCCCAGGAGGGCAGUGGAGGAUGGCCCAAGUGCUUGGGUCCGUCCCUGCACCCGCAUGGGAGAACAGGAGGAAGCACCUGGCUCCUGGCUUCGGAUCGGUGCAGCACCAGCCAUGGCGGCCAUUUGGGGAGUGAACCAAUGGAAGGAAGACCUUUCUCUCUCUCUCUCACUGUCUAUAACUACCUGUCAAAAAAAAAAAAAAAAAAAAGCAAGUCAAGAAAUGAUUUUUGGUUUCUUUUUUCUGUGUUGUGGUAGAUUUAUUGUAAUGUAAGAUAAGAAGCAAGUCACUGCUCUUCAGAUGUGUUCAAUUGUGUGACAUUACAUACUUGGAAAUGUGUCUUAUUGCUAUUAUAAGAUCAUACCCAACCCUGGUCACAGGAGAAUAGCAGAAGAGUCUCCAUCAGCCUCAGUGGUGGUUGUUGUUUAUACCCAAGCUGCCUGGAGCAGGUGUGGUGGGCAUUUUUGAGAUGAUGUAACCACUCACUUGAUUUAGGUCUAGCUUAGAGCCCACCCAGUCCUUAAGUUUCCCUUUACUUCUUCUGCUCUAAAUGAGGCUUUCCUCCUGAAUUUCUUAGGUACUUAACUGCCUGAAACAAUUAAACGAGAAACAGUGAGACUGGAACCAAAAAUGACUUUAGGGAAGUUUAUUUAUUUUUAUUUAUGUAAAGGUAAAGCAACGUGGAGGGGGGUGUGUGGAAUUUUCCACCCACUGGUUCACUCCCCAGCUGGGGCUGAGCUAGGCCAAAACUAGGAACUCUGGUUCUUCCAUGUGGGUGGCAGCUGUUGUGCCCUUUUCAGAGAGUGAACCAGCAAAUGGAAGACUCUCUGCCUCUUCCUCUCCCUCUGCAUUUCUGACUUUAAAAUAAAUAAAUAAACUCAAUUUUUUCUUAACGAUUUUAUUUAUUUAUUUGAGAGAGUUACAGAGAGAGGAAGAGACAGAGAGAAAGAUCUUCCAUCCACUGAUUCACUCCCCAAUUGGCCACAAUAGCUAGAGCUAGGCUGAUCUGAAGCCAGGAGCCAGGAGCUUCUUCCCAGGCUCCCACAUGGGUCCAGGGGCCCAAGGACUUAGGCCAUCUUCCAUUGCUUUCUCAGGCCAUAAGCAAAGAGCUGGAUUGGAAGAGGAGCAGCUGGGAUUCAAACCAGUUGCAUAUGUGAUGCUGGCACCACAGGCAGAGGCCUAGCCUGCUAUGCCACGGCACUGACCCCAAUAAAUAAAUCUUUAAAAAAAAAAAAAAAGUGAAGUAGGCAGGACCCAAACCAGGUACUUUCAUAUGGGAUGUUGAUGUCUUAAGCAGUGGCCUAACCCACUAAACCACAAUGCCCACACCAGUGAUGUUUUUAGAAACAAAUAUAUCAGAAAGCAAAGGUUAGAUUUUAGAACCUUUUGUUGAAAAUAACUUUUGGAACUGAACUUUGAGAUUCAAGAACUAAUUAAAAACUACUUGGACCAAAAACUCAUUUUACUUUAGAUUCUUUAAAAAUAAAACAUACACACACACAAAUAGUAUUAGCUAGAUCCUCACUAACUUUAUUUGGCAGGCUUGGUUUUAAAAGAUUUUUGACUUUCCCCCUAAAUCAGAUCAUUCUUCAAGGGAUGGAUAUUUGCUAGACUGAUUUUUUUUUAAAAAUAUGUAUUUAUUUAUUUGAAAGUCAGAGGUACAGAGAGAGAGAGGAGAGGCAGAGAGAGAGAGAGAGAGAAAGGUCUUCCGUCCUAUGGUUCACUCUCCAGAUGGCCACAAUGGCUGGAGCUGCACCGAUCCGAAGCCAGGAGCCAGGAGCUUCUUCCAGGUCUCCCAUGUGGGUGCAGGGGUCCAAGGACUUGGGUCAUUUUCUACUGCUUUCCCAGGCCAUAGCAGAGAGCUGGAUUGGAAGAGGAGCAGCCAGGACUAGAACUGGCACCCAUAUGGGAUCCCAGUGCUUCAGGCCAGGGCAUUAACCCAGUGUGCCACAGUGCCGGCCCCUAGACUGAUGUUUUUAAUAAAAUUAAUUUCGUUGAGUAUAAUUACUUUUUUUAAAGAUUUACUUAUUUGGUAAGGCAGAGUUACAGAAAGAGAGGGUAAGAGAGAGAGAGAGAGAGAGAGAGAGAGAUCUUCUGUCCUCUGGUUUACUCCCCAAAUGGCUGCAACAGCUGAGGAUAGACCAGGCCAAGCCAGGAGCCAAGAGCUUCAUUCAGGAGUCCCACAUGGUUGCAAGAGCCCAAGGACUUGGGCCAUCCUCUGCUGCUUUCCCAGGUGCAUUAGCAGGGAGCUAGAUUGGAAGUGGAGCAUCCAUGACUUGAACUUGCACCCAUAUGGGAUACUGGCGUUGCAGGCGGUGGCUUAACCUGUUUAUCACAACACCAACCCCAAUAAAUUAGAUUCUAAAAGAAUAUUGGUACUAGUCUAGGAAUAAUUGAAUUGACAUUAUAUAUAUAAGCUAUAUAUUAUGUAUAAGCUAUACUGUAUAUAUACUGUAUUAUUUGACAUAUAUAAGAUAUAUAUAUAAGCUAUACUGUGUAUAUAUGUGUGUGUGUGUAUAUAUAUAUAUAUAUAUAUAGCCCCAGGUACUCAUUUUUUUCAAGGAUAAUAUAAUAGUCACUGUGUAUUUGUUAUCUGUUCCUUCGUUUUGUUUAAAACUUUCCAUAUGCUUUGCCUCUCAAUUUGUUUUUAAGGUCCUUAAAAGUAGAAAUUACGUGUCUUUUUUUUAUGGUUUGUCCUAUAACACUUAAGAAACAUUAGGCCUUGCACAUAAUAGGUGGAUACAGUAAGUCUGACUGAUGAUAACAUUGUUAAAUGAAUGUGUUUAUGAGUUGAAUAUUUGCAAGUUAGAGAUGAAGAGGAAAGGAUGUGUUUUAUC